AUGUACGUGAGCUAUCUUUUGGAUAAAGACAUGAGCAUGUACUCGGGGUCCGUCCGGCAUUCUGGCAUCAAUCUGGGCGCUCAGAAUUUUGUCAGCCCGCCACAGUACCCGGACUAUGCCGGCUAUCAUGUCCCCGGGGUCAAUUUGGACAAUCACCCGCAAUCUUCCGGAUCCUGGCCUUCUCCCUAUGGUCCUUCCCGGGAGGACUGGGGUGCUUACGCUGCGCCUGCGAACCCGGUCCAUGCCCUCAAUACUUCACCAGGGACUCUGUCUUACAACCCUGCAGAUUAUAAUUCGGUUCAGACCUCGGGAGCUGCCUCCAUGCAGCCUUUAAACAAUAACCUUCUGGAACAACCUUCUCCCAACAGCCAAAGACGCAACCCUUACCAAUGGAUGAGGAAACCAAAUCAACAGCUAUCAGCUACUGAUAAAACGAGAACAAAGGACAAGUAUCGAGUGGUGUACACGGAUCACCAGAGACUGGAGCUCGAGAAAGAGUUUCAUUACAGCCGCUACAUCACGAUCCGGCGCAAAGCGGAGCUGGCGGCGAACCUGGGGCUGUCUGAGAGGCAGGUAAAGAUCUGGUUUCAGAAUAGAAGAGCAAAAGAGCGGAAACUAACGAAGAAGAAGUUGCAACAGCAGUCCCAACAGGGCUCGGCCCAGCUGAGUCCAGCUCCUCCCGGGACAGCCGCUUCUCUUUCGGUUACUAACGGCGGAAUACUGGCUGCCAACAGCGGUGUUUUACCUGGCACGGUCUCUCAGUGA